GUGCUUCACGAUCGUCUUUACCUCCAAUGAAAAUAACUGCUGCAUUAAGGUAGACUGAUGAUCUUGAUAUUUUGUUAAUAGAACCAAAUCCCCGGUCCACUAGUAUUCCUACGGAGCAUGGAGCAUGACGAAGAACCUACCAAACAGAAAAAGAGUGUUCAUCGGGCAAAAAAAAUGGAAUUUAAAAUGCUAAUAUGGAAUUGAUCAUGAGUAUAAAUUAGGAAAUAAUGAAAAAACUUAUCUUGGAAACAAAAUAAAAUAAAAUAAGAAGAAAUAAAAGAUGAAGUAUUUGUUGACAUUGUUAACCAUUAGAACCCAACUUAGCAUUUUAUGAACUACUUAGCUCUUAAUUUUAUUACAUGAAACGUGCUUUGCUUUAUAGUUUAUAACAAAUGUGUGUUAUUUUAUUUUUAUAUAUAAUUUGUUCAAAAUGUUUAAUUUUAUGUUAUUUUACACUUGGUAUUGCAACAAUUUUAUGGAAGUUAUACACACACCCACACACACACACAUACAUAUAUUUGGGUUUUUAAUAUUUUUUGGAAACCUAUUUAGAAGGAUGUCGAAGGUACCACUUAGAAAAAUUUGUUUACCUCUUAGAAAAUCUUAGGGGCGAACACAUAAGCUUGUGUUUAAUGUUUGAUUACGAGCAAGAACUUGCGAACCUAGUUCAAGAUGUAGGAAUUUUUGGGUAUUUCUGACUUCUAGCACAGAAAUAACUGUGUGACUCAGAGGAACUGCCACUACUUCGAAUCUUGCCUCAAUGAAGAGGACUUUCAAUAAAUUUACUAGGUGCUAAAGAUGACUAAACUAGAAUUGAGACUUGCAUUGAUUGAUAAAUGAAGUAUAAUUGCUAAUCUAAGAUAAUUGAGAUAAACAACUGAUUGAGUGGAAUUGAAUUGCUUGAAUUUAAAGAUAAAGCUAUAAAAGUUUUGAAGCUAAGAUAGAUAAAAGCUAUGAAGCUAAGAUAAAUGUAUUGAAAAAAUUUUGGUUGAGUUGUUUGGUGAUAGACCCCUUCAAAUGUUGCACUUAAAGUCCUUUUAUAGUGUUGGGGAUGCUUCCAUUUCUGCUUAACUGCCAGGAACGAGGCAGCUUCUCAUUGUGACCUGUGUGUCCCUUGAUCCUUAGCUUGAUCUUCAAGAAUAUGAACAACUUUGACCACAAAUGGUAAGUGCCUUCUUUGUAGCUUUGAAUUGGUCCACUAAGCCCCUUCAAGCUGCCACAUGACCCAUAAAAGACCUUAAAAACCAACUUGCCUUGAAUUGGGAAAAUCGGUUCCACUUUUGUAACCUUGUUGUUGAUUUGCCAAGCUUUCAAAUCCCAUGUAAUCCUUACAAAUAACAACCACUUAGCAACAAACAAGGGGAUAAAGCUUUAUUUUGGGAGACAAGCCUCAACUACUUCCUAAUCUUUAGGAAUGGUUGAGGCUCUCAUUAUCCUCACAUAACUAAUUUAUUUAACAAAUCAAUCAAUCAAUUAUCUUGGUCAAUUAAUUAAAUAAAAUAAAUUAACUCCCUUUGUAGCUGCCAUUUGACUUCGGUGGGCUUUCAAAAAUCAAUAACUUUUCACCUUCUAUUGCCACGUGGCAUUAAAUUAAUUGGAGAAUUGCCAAUUGAAAAAUUUGCCAAAAACGGUACAAACAAUACCCCUCUUCAAAUAUAUUCUUUAUUUCUUCCAAGGAAUUGAAAGGAUGUACUUGAAUUCUUAACACCCCCCUGUUGCCUUGAUUCUUGAGAUCCAAUGAUAACUCUCCUUGAUGUGAUGGACUUAAGACCCUUGAGAAAUGUAGACUUGGAGAACGGAGCUUUGAGAAACAUCACUGUGGGAAAUGGUGCCGAUGUCUGUUAUUACGCUUGUCAAUCAUGGCGGCAUCCUCUCAAUGGAAAAAUUGAUGAGGACACUUCUUCAUAUGAUAGACUCAAAAACUCUGGGAAAUGGUUGACGGCAUCACAUCAGUUGCAAGCUUUGAUGAGGACUACUUAAUGGAGUGAUUAGAUGAGGAUCUUUAGCCCUAAUUUCACAAAAUUCAAGCCAUGCUGCCAAGGGUUUGGCUCUAGUUUCCUUAAGAAGCUAACCCAUUUAGCACUAGGGCUAUAAAUAGCCCCAACUGUCUUUUCGAUUUCACUUUACGGUUCCUCUUCUUCUCAAAAACUCUUCCCUCUCUUUCUUCUUUGAUUUCAUCCAUGGCUGCCAAAAAUGCUGCCACUUCUGAGAAUGAUCCCAAGACUGUUGGGCCUAAAAUUGAUGAGCUCAUUAAGAAGAGGAAACCCUCAAUCUAUUCCAAGUAUUUGAUCGAUCGUCUUUACUCCAUUGGCUUGACUCUGAGACGCGAAUUGGGGCUUGGUCCUGCUUUUGCUGCUGGUUUCCCUUAUUCCUUGAACAAGUAUUAUCCUUGCCUAGAAAAGAAGCUGCCAUUUGAAAAGUCUAUUCCUGUUAACUAUAACCGCUACAAUCUCUCUUCACCUAUCAAGGUUUGGCACUCUCCCAAGCCUGAGUAUGUUGCUUCGUUAGAUCACAUGGCUGCUGCUAAGAGCCAAGUCUGGAAAGAGGCAGGAAUCUAUGACGCGAUCAUACUGAGCCAAGAAAUUUAACUUCAGAGCCUUCAAUGAAGUUCCUGAUGCAACCAUUGAGUUUGAUGUCUGGUGGGGAAUGCACAUUAUGAACAAGACAUCUGCUGAUCUAGGCGCACUCCUGCUUUGUCUCUCUCCAGACCGCAUAGCAAGAAUUGAAGAAGCAAAGAAAAAAGCAUCUCCAAGUCUUGCCCCAUCUGGGGGACAGAAAAAAAGUUGUUAUUCCUGCUUCCUCUGACAUGCCACCAGAAACUGGCAAGAAAAGUCCAGCAAAAAGAAAGGCGGUUUUUCCUAGAGUAGAAUUGGAAACUGCCACUCCUCUAGCCAAACGAACUAGAUCCAACUGCAAAGAAGAAAUUACAGCAAGUCCUCCAAGCUCAUCCUCUCCUCGGGUUGUUGUAACUAAAGAAACCAAAGCUCCAGCUAAGGAAAUCCUAGCCAAAGGCUCUUCAGCUCCAACCAGACCAAAAAGGUAUAAGAUGGCAGCACACAAAGGCAGCACUCUCAUGGUUGUUUCCUCCAAUUCUGCCACUACGUCUCAAACAGAAGAUGAUCUUCCUGAGAUAAUUUAUCCGCCAUCCGUCAACAAGAAAGAGGCCCAAGAAAUUACAGUAGCCCAAGUUGAAACUACCCAAACCUUCGCACCAGAAACUGCUCCAUCUGUUCCAAAGCUAAUUGUGAACUUAGAUGCUUAUUUUGAGGUACUAUCACAGAAAACUACUCCAACUGUUUCUGCCUCAGACAGUGGGAUUGCCUUUUCAAGCCAAGCUAUUCCUUCCUCAAGUAAAGUUAAGAAAUCCAAAAAUGACCUGAGGUCUCUGACUGCUAUGUACUUCUCAGAUGUUCUGCAAUCUAGGACGACUUCCAGUUUUGACUUCUGCUUUGGGGGUUUUAGCUACUUUUGUAGCUUUUGAUUCUCAUCUUCAAUUGGCUCUUCAAGAAUUUCAACAACUUUCUGACUUAAGCCAGACUCGCCUAUCCCUUGUUCAAAAACAAGGAGAAAUUGAUAGGAAAUUCCAGCGGUUGGCUUACUUGCAAAAUCUUUUGAAAGAGUAUGUGGAAUCCUACAAGAAGGUGAAGGAAGCUACUGAUGCUAAGGAAAAGCAUAUUGCCAACCUGAAGGACCAAAUUGCUAUUCUUCAAGUUCAACUGCAAGACGUUGAGAAAUAUGCACUAUUCUGGCUGCCAAAAACAGGAAUUGUAAGUAGUUUCUUCUCCUGUCAGUGCUAAACCCUCAGAGUUGGAUGUCAAACUUCCUGAGUUUGUAGAAACCCGUGCCAGGAUAGUGACUGAUUUGCAAGUAGUGGAUGCUCCUUGGAACAUUCUCAAGGCCAAAUUAAGCGACCUCUUGUAAUGUUCUUUUUCCCUGCACUUUGGAACUUUUGCUUAGCUUAGAAAUUUACUGCACUUUUUGUUUUGUUCAGCCUAUUAGAGCCGUUUUUGUUUUGUUAGCUUGGUUCUGGACCAAGCCGUUUUUUAACAUUUCUGCACAUGUGUAGCUUUGUUCGGCCUGUUCAGGCCAUUUUUGAUCUGAUGAAUGCAAUGAAUUCUGCAUUGUUGACUCCACAUUUCCCACAUUGUUGGAUAGAAUUUUGUCAAAUACUUGCCAUUUAUUGGAUGCUUGUGUAAUUCACCAUC